GUCAAAUUGCAAAAUUUGUUUGGCUACAAACCGCUUCAUUGCGCUGCGCGAGCAGGACUAGAAAAAACUUUCAGGUUGCUGAUCGAGAAAGGAGCUGACGUGAAUGCCACAGCGUUACAUGUUGCCGCUAUAAAUGGUCAAGUACAUAUCAUGGAAAUUCUCUUGAAUUGGGACGUCGAUAUCGAUACCAUAGUUGAUGGAGGUAAUACUGCACUUCAUCUUGCCUCCCGCGCCAAUCAGUACGAAGCCGUUCGGACUCUCAUAGCAAAUGAUUGUAACGUAAACAUUGUUAACGAUAAACAAAAAACAGCGUUGCACUUAUAUUGUUCUAAGUAUGGAUCUAUGGAUCGAUUGUCCAUGAUCCAAGAGCUACUAAUUAAAAUGGAGGUUGCUAGUUUGAACAUGAAUAACGGAAAUGUGGAGAAUCUUAAUAUCACUACGGAUUUAAGCAAGCAAUAUGUAAAAUUUCAGAAGAAAUGUAUUGAAGAGAUAAGGAGAAUGAAAAGCACAAAAAUUAAGAAUACUGUAAUAACGUUCCAUGAUAUCCUAACAAAACGCAUAGACCAAAUAGCAUUAUACGCGAGAAAUGAAGAUGUUGUUCAAGUUAUGGAAGGGAGCGAUUACCAGACAAUGUUUCCUACGUACGAAGACAUAAUAAAACGUCGUUUCAACAGAGGAAUAUUAAAGUACCUCAGUAACUGGGAUCUAACGAAUUUGAAAAAUGCUUGUAAAUGACGUUGACUGUCACGUCACCCUCUUAUUCGAGUUACAGCAAAAUUUCAUCUCCAAAUAAUAUUCGAGUGACGCUUGUAUGGCUACUUCAGUUCUCCAUGGUGUCAAUUAUUUCUACUGACUAAGAAUAUUCUGUUUUAUCAGCUGUCUUUCUUUCAUUUUCUUGCCUGUAAUGAUGUUCUUAUUGCGCUUACCUUCGAAAUUAUGUCUCACGUGUAGCGCUUGGUUCUUCGGAAAUAUUGGUUGCAUCAAUUUCAAAUGCUUUUGCAUCAGAUUAGGCAGCCUAGCGGAGGUAUAAAUUCUUUCCGAGUUGUAUUAUCAGUUACGAAGUAAAUUGUAAGUAAUGUUAAUUAAAUGUUAAGAUGAAUUAAGUAGAAUAUUGCUGGAAUAAAAGUCUGAUCAAUUCUAAUUAAUAAAUUAAUACAAAUGAAUCUUGCUAUUUUUAUUUCACAAUUCUUAACCAGAUGACCAAAUGAGCAGUUCUGUGGGUGGCUCCUAUAAGUCAAUGCUCACUCGCUUUAAAAUCACCCGAGUAACUAUGGACGAUUAAUGGAAAUGGCCUAAUUCUGAUUAAUAAAUUAAUAAACAUGAAUGUCAGAAUUUU